AUGAUCGACACAGGGAGCUCAGCCGACGUACUUUAUUUCGACGCCUUCCGGAAGCUUGGGUUAGCCAGAGAAACUUUGGAGACGAUGACCUCGGCGCUCACCGAGUUCACCGACGACUCGAUUUCGUCGUUGGGAGUGGUCACUUUACCCCUAACCUUGGGAGCACCACCAAGAUCGAAGACGGUGAUGUCCACCUUCUUAGUGGUCGACCUCCCCACUGCAUACAACGCCAUCCUCGGUCACCCAACCCUUAACAAAAUCAGGGCCGUCGUCUCCACUUACCACCAAACGGUGAAGUUCCCGACCCACGCUGGGGCCGGAGAAGUCCGGGGAAGUCCCCGUGAAUCCAAGCGGUGUUACUUGACGGCAGUCUCACUACACAAAUGGGCGAGAACUAAGCAACCCCUGGGGGAUCCCCGAGAAAUGAAGAAGCCGACCCAACAUCCCGAGCUGACGGCGCCAACUUGCGACUUGCCGUUAGUGGAGGAUCGGUCGGACCGGACGAUCAGAAUCGGGUCGGAACUCCCCGAGCAAGAGAGAAGGCAGUUCAUCGGCUUCCUACAGGAGAACGCCAACGUCUUCGCUUGGUCACCAUCCGACAUGACAGGCGUCGACCCGAAGACGACCCAACAUUACCUGAGCAUAGCGCCCGAUGCUCGACCAAUAAAGCAGAAGCCCCGACGACAAGCUCCUGACAGACAAUUGGCUAUCCACGAAGAGGUGGAGCGACUUUUAGUAGCAGGCUUCAUAGAAGAAGUCAAAUACCCGCGAUGGCUGUCCAAUGUAGUCCUUGUGAAGAAAACUAAUGGGAGCUGGAGGAUGUGUGUUGACUACACCAGUCUCAAUCAUCAGAAUGGCGCCGAUGACCAAGAGCACACGACCUUCCUCACCGACCUGGGGGUAUAUUUCUACAAGGUUAUGCCGUUCGGGCUGAAGAAUGCUGGUGCUACGUAUCAGAGAGACGUGAACAAAAUAUAUGGCCUACGACUCAACCCGACAAAAUGCGUUUUUGGUGUCAGCCCGGGAAAAUUUCUCGAAUUCAUCAUCCACGAGAGGGGAAUCGACGCCAACCUAGAAAAGGUUCAAGCGAUCAUCGGUAUGCAAACCCCUCGGACAAUCAAGGACUUGCAGCAACUUAACGGGAGGCUCGCCGCCCUAUCCCAGUUUCUAUCCCGAUCUGGUGAUCGUUGCCUCCCCUUCUUCCGGGCCUUGAAAAACCCGAGUAACCUUCAAUGGACGGCGAAAUGCGAGGAAGCCUUCGUACAUGUGAAACAACACCUCGCCAGCCUUCCCCGCCUUGCAUCGGUCUCUCCUGGGGAGAAGCUCAGUAUCUACCUGGCCACCUCCCGGCACGCUGUUAGCUUCGUCCUGACAAAAGAAGCCCCAGGUGACCAGUUGCCGGUCUACUACAUCAGCCAUGUCCUAAACGAGCCUAAGAAGCGGUACCCGCCGAUCGAAAGACUCGCUCUGGCGCUCGUGCUGAUAGCUCAAAAGCUACGCCCCUACUUCCAAGCUCAUCCGAUUGAGGUAAUCACCGACCAACUGCUCCGGCAGGUUUUAUCUAAAUUUGAUGUUGCAGGUCGGCUCCUCAAGUGGUCGGUAGAGCUUGGAGAGUUCGACAUACACUACGUGCCGAGGACUAUCAUCAAAGCCCAGUCGGUAGUCGACUUCAUCUCGGAACUGGCUCAGAUUGAGGAUGAGGAUUCUGAACAGCUUGGGGAGGCAUGGGUCCUGCACGUGGACGGAUUGGCUACCUCGAGUGGCGCAAGCGCAGGAUUGGUGUUAUCAGCCCCCGACGGACGCUCAUUUGAACGCUCCCUCCGCUUCGGGUUUCAAGCUACCAACAACGAAACCGAAUAUGAGGCACUCCUGACCGGACUCGGGCUGGCCCUCGAGAUGCAGGUGAAUGCUAUUAACGUCCUCACUGAUUCGCAGCUGGUGGCCAAGCAACUCAGCGGUAGAUACGAGGCCAGGGAACCUAUUAUGGCAAAAUACCUGGCAGAGGAGAUGCUGCACUUCAAGCGUGACGAGAUUCUUCCCGCCGACGAGACCGCGGCACGGCGCAUACGCCGAAUGCAUGCAUGGUACUCCGAUGUGAACGGACAGCUCUACAAGCGGUCCUUCUCACAUCCUCUCCUGCGGUGCCUCGAGCCCGAAGAAUCUCGGACGGUCCUGGCCGAGGUUCACGAGGGGAUUUGCGGAGAACAUAUCGCUGGGCGGACCUUGGCGUACAAAAUCCUUCGCCAAGGGUACUAUUGGCCCACCAUGUCCCGAGAUGCAAGAUCUUACGUACAGCGGUGUGGCCCGUGCCAGAGGCACGCCUGA